UCCCCCCCUUCUCUCUCUCUCCGAGGGGGGGGGUCCCGGGGAGGGAGGGGGGUCCCCCGAUCAGCAUGUGGCUCCUGGCGCUGUGUCUGGUGGGGCUGGCGGGGGCUCAACGGGGGGGAGGGGGUCCCGGCGGCGGUGGUGGCAGCGCCCCGGGUGGCCCGGGCCUGGGCCUCGGCAGCCUCGGCGAGGAGCGCUUCCCAGUGGUGAACACGGCCUACGGGCGAGUCCGCGGCGUGCGGCGUGAGCUUAACAACGAGAUCCUGGGCCCCGUGGUGCAGUUCUUGGGGGUGCCCUACGCCACGCCACCCCUGGGCGCCCGCCGCUUCCAGCCGCCUGAGGCGCCCGCCUCGUGGCCCGGCGUGCGCAACGCCACCAGCCUGCCGCCCGCCUGCCCGCAGAACCUGCACGGGGCGCUCCCCGCCAUCAUGCUGCCCGUGUGGUUCACCGACAACUUGGAGGCAGCUGCUACCUAUGUGCAGAACCAGAGCGAGGACUGCCUCUACCUCAACCUCUACGUACCCACCGAGGACGGUCCGCUCACAAAAAAACGUGACGAGGCGACGCUCAAUCCGCCAGACACAGAUAUCCGGGACUCAGGCAAGAAGCCAGUGAUGUUGUUCCUGCAUGGCGGCUCCUACAUGGAGGGCACUGGCAACAUGUUCGACGGCUCAGUCCUGGCUGCCUACGGCAACGUCAUUGUCGCCACACUCAACUACCGGCUGGGGGUGCUUGGUUUUCUCAGCACCGGGGACCAGGCUGCAAAAGGCAACUAUGGACUCCUGGACCAGAUCCAGGCCCUGCGCUGGCUCAGUGAAAAUAUCGCCCACUUUGGGGGUGACCCCGAGCGUAUCACCAUCUUUGGAUCCGGAGCAGGGGCCUCCUGCGUCAACCUUCUGAUCCUCUCCCAUCAUUCGGAAGGGCUGUUCCAGAAGGCCAUCGCCCAGAGUGGCACCGCCAUUUCCAGCUGGUCUGUCAACUACCAGCCGCUCAAGUACACGCGGCUGCUGGCAGCCAAGGUGGGCUGUGACCGUGAGGACAGCGCUGAGGCCGUGGAGUGUCUGCGCCGGAAGCCCUCCCGGGAGCUGGUGGACCAGGAUGUGCAGCCUGCCCGCUACCACAUUGCCUUUGGGCCCGUGGUGGAUGGCGACGUGGUCCCUGAUGACCCCGAGAUCCUCAUGCAACAGGGGGAGUUCCUCAACUAUGACAUGCUCAUCGGUGUCAACCAGGGAGAAGGCCUCAAGUUUGUGGAAGACUCAGCAGAGAGUGAGGACGGCGUGUCUGCCAGCGCUUUCGAUUUCACCGUCUCCAACUUCGUGGACAAUUUGUAUGGUUACCCAGAGGGCAAAGAUGUGCUACGGGAGACCAUCAAGUUCAUGUACACGGACUGGGCCGACCGGGACAAUGGCGAGAUGCGGCGGAAGACUCUGCUGGCGCUCUUUACUGACCACCAGUGGGUGGCCCCGGCCGUGGCCACAGCCAAGCUGCACGCCGAUUACCAGUCCCCUGUCUACUUUUACACUUUCUAUCACCACUGCCAGGCCGAGGGCCGGCCUGAGUGGGCGGACGCGGCGCAUGGGGACGAGCUCCCCUAUGUCUUCGGUGUACCCAUGGUGGGCGCCACUGACCUCUUCCCCUGCAACUUCUCUAAGAAUGACGUCAUGCUCAGCGCCGUGGUCAUGACCUACUGGACCAACUUUGCCAAGACCGGAGACCCCAACCAGCCGGUGCCCCAGGACACCAAGUUCAUCCACACCAAGCCUAACCGCUUUGAGGAGGUGGUGUGGAGCAAGUUCAAUAGCAAGGAGAAGCAGUACCUGCACAUCGGCUUGAAGCCCCGUGUGCGUGACAACUACCGAGCCAACAAGGUGGCCUUCUGGUUGGAGCUUGUGCCCCACCUGCACAACCUGCACACGGAGCUCUUCACCACCACCACGCGCCUGCCUCCCUAUGCCACGCGCUGGCCACCCCGGCCACCCAACGGUGCCCCAGGCACACGCCGGCCCCCGCCACCUGCCACCCUGCCACCAGAGCCGGAGCCCGAGCCAGGCCCCAGGGCUUACGACCGCUUCCCUGGGGACUCCCGGGACUACUCUACCGAGCUCAGUGUUACCGUGGCCGUGGGCGCCUCGCUCCUGUUUCUCAACAUCCUUGCCUUUGCCGCCCUCUACUACAAGCGGGACCGGCGACAGGAGCUGCGGUGCCGGCGGCUUAGCCCGCCUGGGGGCUCCGGAUCCGGAGUGCCUGGCGGGGGCUCCUUGCUCCCCGCUGCCGGCCGGGAGCUGCCCCCGGAGGAGGAGCUGGUGUCACUGCAGCUCAAGCGAGGUGGCGGUGUCGGGGCGGACCCUGCUGAGGCUCUGCGCCCCGCCUGCCCGCCUGACUACACCCUAGCCCUGCGCCGGGCACCGGACGAUGUGCCUCUCCUGGCCCCCGGGGCCCUGACCCUGCUGCCCAGUGGCCUGGGGCCACCCCCACCCCCGCCACCCCCUUCCCUCCACCCCUUUGGGCCCUUCCCGCCACCUCCCCCCACCGCUACCAGCCACAACAACACGCUACCCCACCCCCAUUCCACGACUCGGGUAUAGGGGGCGGCUUGGGGAGGUCCUCCCCUCCCCAGCUCUCCCCAGCCCAGCCCAGGCCACCCCCAAAGGCAGGGAGAAGGACUUGGCUCCAGGCCCCGCCGCCUACGGAGCCGUCCUGCGUCGCCGCGCCGUGGAGCAGCAUGGAGGUGGACGCAGCAGCAUCUCUCGUGGAUGCGUUUUUCCCACGCUGAGAGGCCCAAACUCCUCCCUGGAUCUGGGCCUUAGAACACCUG